AUGUUAGUAGGAUUCGGUCCUGGAAAGGUCCACCUCGGCUUGGCCUGGCUUGGCUCGGCGGCAUGGCUCACGGUCUGGCACGGCACUGGCACGGCACUGGAUGACUUGGAGGGAAUAGACCUCGCAACGACAGGUCAUCGUGUGAAUGAAUCACAACGUCUCCACUGUGUCAUCUGGGUAAGGGCGAUGGAUGUAGGACCUCUGAUUGGUGGGUUGGUAACUCGACUUUGA